AUAAGGUUCGGGCAGUGGUGCAGUUUGGUGUUUAGAUGGCUUUUAGUCAGGUCUAGCUCACUGAUAAAAACCGACCCAUUAAUAGACCAUUAUAGGACAACUUGGAGUCAAAUCGCACAAUCAUAACCGCGACUCCACUGGGAGAAUCACGGAAAGGUGCUGUCGGCUUGUUCUUGGAAGACUGGGUGUUUUUGAGCUGAAUCACGGCAGAGGCGCGUCACCGUAGGGCGUGGUUAAGCGUAAGAGAUAAACGCCGUGUCCACCGUUACGAUGCAGUUAAGUUACAGUUUGGCACGAGACGAUACACCGGAGCGGAGAGUCUGAGCAGCUAACCAGCGCGCGUAAAGGGAUGGAGACGAAUGAGAUCUUUUUAAUAACUGUCAUAGCCUCUCACUACAUUUGGAACUUCGUCUUCUUCGCGUGGAUUUUAACAACAAUAGAACCUUUAGAGCCGGACUGCUAUAAAACGCAUUGUUGAAGUUCUGAUCCUGUUUGCGCCAGGACACCCAAACGAGAUUAGACGAAGAGAAGUCGUAAUGAGUAGUUGUGCAAAUGGUGCAUUUUCUGACCAGAGAGCUGGUACGGAAAGCAGAAUUUCAUGCUCAAGCUACACGUCUACCUGCGCGUAAAGGACAUGGACACAACGGCUCCAGUCACCGCUUCCUGAAUCCCUGCGCCAUGUUUUAGGAGUUCAUCAGAUAUUUCCAAGGCAAUGACCUCUGACCCCCCAGCAGCGACUACCACUGAAGCAGUGACCUCUAAACCCACUGCCGCACCUACACUGUCAGCCACAGCAGAAACCAGCAGCAGUGGCCGAACCCAAAGCCUUCCUGAAACCAGCACCAUCCCAACACUGGACCUCCGAAACCCGCUUCCUCCUCCCCUAACACCUCCCCCACCUCCUCCUCCUGCGCCAGACAUCCCUGACCUUCCACUGCCAUCACCCCCGGUCUUCCCCCUUCCUCUGCCUUCAUCCAAACCUUCUUCAUCAUCCAGUCCUCCUUCUCCUCCAUCGCCGCCUCCCGCUGACAGCCCCCAGCGUCCUACCACGCUCAAACUAAAGACACUUCCACGUCCCAGCGUCAGGGAGAACGGCUGCCCCCCGCCUGGGCUGGAUGAGGAUGAGGAUGAGAGGAAAAUGCUGGAGGAGGAUCUGAAGAAAUGCAUCGAGGACUUUAAAAAGAUCCGCAUGCCCAAAGUUUUUCCAGAUCGCAAGAGGCACUGGCAAAGGGACUUGCUAAAGAAGUACAAUGCAUAGAGAGCUUUGCUGUGGCAUCAUAAGGAGCAAACCUGACAAGGACUUUAAAACAAUGGCGAGGACAUGCUGCUAGCGCUUUAUAUUUACAUCGCUUUGAUUCUGACUUUGUGAAGAGUGUCAGCAAAAAACCUCUAAUGUAGCUUUUGCAUGUCAACAGAAGUGAACUGCUAAAGUAUAGUUCUCCAGCUGAGCUUGUCUAGCAGACAUGCACUACAUUUGAUGUGUUUACCCAGCAUAAAAAACAUUCACGUCCAGAUUGUGAGUCAUACGUAUGUUUUUCCCACACAAGGUUUUUUUUUUCUUUUGGAAUAGAAAAAAUAUUUGGACUCAUUUUCUUUUCACUCAGUCAAACAAUAUUAAUUGGAGCUUUCUGCCCUUCUCCCUGUACCAUGUCUGCUGAUCAAGCAACUGGAAAAUGUAAGCAAAGUUUGAAAUUUUAGGCGUUUGACCUUAAUGAUGCAAAAAUAAAAGACAGAAGUGAAAUCUCUGGUGCUAAUCAUCUAAAACGCCUCACCUCAUCAAUAUUAACUGUCUGACUUCAAAGCCCUUCUACAGUACUCCUUUCUGCCUCUGAUUCAGAAGCGUUGCAAUUUCGUUCUUUUUGUGAUUACAUUAUCUUCCAGCCCGCACUUUUGGAACGAGGGGGGAUCAGAAAGAGAAAGCGGUGUACCAGGAAGGAAAGUGGGUAAUUACAGGCAGCCAGAAUGUGGAAUAAUAAUGACAAUAAUGACUACAUGAAGCAAUGCACAGUACCAUUUGUUCCUCUAUCUGCUCCACAUAAAAUGCUCAUCCAGCUGCACUAAUGAAUUACCAGGUGUGUGUGAGUGUAGUCCCAUUAUGGGCUAAAUGAUUUCCAUAAAAAUAAGGGGAAAGAAUUUAUUUUACAUUUACUUUGUGUAUUAAUUCUGAACAUCGUAGUAUUCAACCAUUUAACAAGCAGUAAUAUCAUUCUGGAAAAUGUGCGUACUUGCUUUCACUCUGACAUGAGAAGGAGACUCUCCCGCAGUAUGGAGCUUGGUGGUUAGCUUAGCUUAGCCUAGCAAUUGGGAAACGGCUUGUUUUGAAAACCAGCCUGCCACCACCUCUGCAGCUCUUUUGUAACAUGCUGCAUUUAACAUUUAUACAAAAAAACAACUUAAAUCUUAAACUUGGCUUUAAAGUGUACAUUUGAACUCUAAAGAGUGCCUGCUUCUACUUUGUAUGCCAUAGUAUGCUACUUUGUCAGUUUCUAGCUCCUGAUUUAUUUUUUUUAUUUUUAUUUAACCUUUAUUUAACCAGGAAUGUCCCGUUGAGAUCAAAGACCUCUUUUUCAAGGGAGUCCUGGCCAAGAGGCAGCACAUUUCAAGACAAAUACAUACGAACAAACAAAGUUAAAAUUACACAAAACAAUUACACAUUAUUGAGGCAGCCUGUAGGCCUUUGAGUUUAGUUUUAAAAACAUUUAAAGACAACAAUUUAUUCACAGGCACUAAAAAAACGCAAGUACACACUGUGCAGUUCUAGGGUUUAAUGUAUGAGGAUAUGAUAAAAUAUAAUCUGGUCCUUGGGAGGUCUUAAAGUGAUGUACAUGCAGCUCAGAUGAACAAUAAAACAUAACAUAUCACACUGCGUCAUUAUGUAUUUAAUAAAAAUUAGGCCAAACUACAGAAGCAGUGUGUAAAAGAAUAAGUACACCCUUAAAGCACCAGUAUACCCUCAAAUUGGUUGCUUUUGAACGCCACUGCAUUAUCACACAGCUACUUCUAUUUAUGCAUUAAGGCGCAGGAAUCAUAGGUGCUGAUAUUGGAGGACAUGAAGUCAAAAAUAUGUGUACAUUUCUCAGCUUCUGUACUGGAAUAUCAUUAAGAUGGUGGCAAAAACUGGCACGAUGGUACACCCGUGUCUUCAAUUCAGCUGUGGCAGCGGCGGGGUUACGAAGAAGUGAACAGUUGGCCAAAGCGUUACAAAUACAUUGGUAUGCGCCACAGGAUGUGGCGUCAAACUAGGCGUGCGUCACACAUUACAGGGGGGGAGCACGGCGAGCAUGAAAACACCAUUAGUGCUUCUAUUGGAGUGUGAGUAGAUCAGACUGUGCAACACUCAGAGAAACUGCAAUAAAACAUUUCACACUCUGAAAUCCAUCGCUUCUGCUGAUCUAAAGUUGUGUGACAGUGGCAGCAGGAUAAGUAGGGUAUUCCUGAUCACCUUCUCCCCAGUCAACUACCCGAGGAACUGUUCCCAGUUGGGCAUACUUUGAAAACCUCCAAAAGCGAAACACCCAGGAGGAAUCCAAACCAAACCUGUUUCCUGACCCCCAACGGAAUAAAUCUGAUGUUAAAUUAAAUUAAGAACAUUAAAUACACCGACCCUUAAGACUGCUGGUGUGAAAGAGGCUUUCUGGAACUCAUAAUUAUAUGAUGUCUGAGUUUCAAAUUGUCGACACUUACACUAUUUGUGUCACGGUCCUGGGUCUCCUGACCCAGCGUUUUUAGUUCUUUGUGAUUUUUGUAUUAUUGUACUUGUGUGUGAU